AUGGCGACGCAACCCGCCAUUACGCCGAAGCAAUUCAAGCAUAGAAGGCGCCCGCCGGCGGACGAACGCACGCUAAAGUGGCGCGACGUGGCGGAAGGCGACGUGCUGCUCGCGACGCUCCUCGGCGUCGUAAAAGAAUGCCGCGUGACCGCUAUCACCGCGCAGGACGUCAAUUGGGGGAUUUACGUCACGUGGAAGAAAAAGACCCCGGGCGGACUUGACCCGGAAAAGCUGACAAUGUUGGACAGCUGGCACGUGGUCGAACCUAACCCGGACGGCACCAACCCUUUAUACGCCGUCGGCUUUCGACCGGCUGCCUUUGUUACACACAGUGGUUUCUUUUCAGGAAUUAAUCCGAAACUGGGUUACAUUAUCGGAGAGCUACACGCAGCUAACGCACUAGGAGUCACAACACCUGAAACUCGCGAUGAUCUGCAAGAUCGUUUGAAAAAAUCACUUGCCGACCUAGGCGUGCCGAUGGUCGAGCCAGCACCUGCUCCUGCUCUUGAACCUGUGCCAGAGCCCGAAGCUGCUCCUGCACCCGGGCCUGCACCGGAACCAGCAUCUGCUCCUCCUCCCGAACCUGAGCCAGAGCCCGAACCUGCUCCUGCACCCGAGCCGGCUCCGGCUCCGAGGCCCGAGCAACUGCUGAAUCCGAGAGACAGUUUUCAUCUUUAUUCGCAAAAGCAGCGCCAGUCCGCUAACUUUAUGAUCAUGGAGAACCAAGAUGAACCUCAAGAAGCCAACGAAUUAUAUGAAUUCCUUUUCAACAACUACGACAGGAAAUCAGCAAAACACGAGAUGAUGAUGAUAAUGAUGAAGCACCUCGCAGGUGCGACUACUGGCCAAAGCAGCGCAAUCGCUCCAGCUUUACCUGCUGACUUCAUAAAAGACCUGAAGGACGAGUUUUCAUGCGUGCACCAGGAGGCGGAGGACCUAAAAAUAGGUUUCGGAGGCAUGGGACGCUGCGUACAACUCAACACGAAUUGCAUUAAUUCGUACGCAGGGGACUCCACUAAGCUGACACUCCAGGUCAUGGAUGGCUGGUUCAAUAAAAAUGCUUCUGCGUGUAAUGCGCACGGCCGGCGCUUGCGAUGCGCACAGGGCGAUAUCCAUCAGUUUCGGGUCUUGGGCGCAUGCGUAAUCUUGUUCGUACUGGUAGAUGAAGAAGGGCUCAUAUUUGACAGUAAAAUGAGAGCCGUCUAUGCCAUGAAGAGUAAAAGCAAUGCGAAACAAAUUAAAGCAAAACGAGAUGCGUUGGGAGAAGCACGAUACGCCUCUUUCAUAUCUACAUACUCUAACGAAAUGGAAUGCAAAUUACCAGGUGAACACAAGAGCAAACUCAAGCAAGCGGAAGAGGUGAACGACCUCAUGUUAUUAGAACGUCGACCCCGGCCGAGGAUGUGCCGACAAGAAUAUAAAGAGCCACAGGAGGAAUUUAGAAGAUUUUGGGAGACAGGAGGUGGAAAAGCAGCACAAGCGAAGAGUUUGCCGGCACAACCAAAGCAGCAGCGCAAGCGAAGAGCUAGAGCUGCCAGUGCAAAGGAGCCCAAGGAGAAGAAGCCGAAGGAGGAGGACCACGAGAAGCUCGAGCGGCAAAAAGAAUACCAACAGCGAACAAGGCAGAUCCAAGAACUCCAACAACAACUCCAACAAACAAAUCAAGCAGUACUUUCUUUUCAACAGCCUCGAGAACCACAGGCGAACAGUUUCAACAAACAAUCGUUCGAGGAAGGCGCUAAGCAAGCUAAAGAAUCACUCGAAUGGGGGAUAUCGCAAGCAACAGCAAUGAACAAAGAAGCGGCCGCUCUAAACGCAGAAAGAGCGAAAUUACAGCACCAGCAUUACUUGGAUACUACUCGCGGACCUCCUCCAGCUCAAUCGCAAGGCCAGAGUCAAUCGCAAGGCCAGAAUCCGACCAUGUUUGCACCUCCACAAACACCGCAGGCUCUUUUGCACGCACCAGCUGAAGCUGCACUGCUGCUAGCAGCUGCAGCACAUGCCCAGCAUUACAUGGAUACUACUCGCGGACCUCCUCCAGCUCAAUCGCAAGGCCAGAAUCAAUCGCAAGGCCAGAAUCCGACCAUGUUUGCACCUCCACAAACACCUCAGGCUCUUCAGGCUCUUUUUGCACUGGCAGCACCAGCACCAGCUCCAGCUGCACUGAUGCUAUCACCUGCAGCACAUGCAACCGCAGCAAAUGAAACCGCAGCAAAUGCAGCCGCAGCAACCGCAGCAAAUGCAGCCGCAGCACCCGCAGCAAACAGCGUAGCAGCACAGAUAGCAACCCUAGGAACUCUCCUGUUGAAUGGGGACAUCACUCAAGCUGACUUCGCGCAACUCAAGGCGUCACUAUUGCCGCCCCCGUGA